AUGAACGAAAUAUAUUCUGUUAUCCAGCGUUUCAUACUCGAAUCCCCCCCUGGAGAAUGGGCCCUCAAUCAGCUUAGAGAGCUGUUGAUUGGCGCCCUCAGGCAGGGCCCCGUCCCCCAACAUGUCGCCUUUGAGAUGGACGGCAACAGGCGAUAUGCCCGCAGCCACCGUAUGGAGACAGUCGAAGGCCACCAUCGCGGCUUCGAGGCUCUCGCGAGGAUCAUGGAAGUCUGCUACAAGUCUGGCGUCAAGACAGUCACAGUCUAUGCUUUUAGCAUCGAGAACUUCAACCGCCCUAAGUAUGAAGUUGAGGGUCUCAUGCAGCUUGCCAAGGUAAAGCUGGAGCAGCUCACCACAUAUGGGGACGUUCUGGACCGUUACGGUGCCUCGGUCCGCGUCCUAGGUCAGCUCGACCUCGUACGCGAGGAUGUGCUCCAGGUCGUCGACAAGGCCGUCGCCAGGACUCGCAACAACAAAAAGGCCGUUCUCAACAUCUGCUUUCCCUAUACGUCGCGCGCCGAGAUGACCACAGCCAUUCAGUCGACAGUCGCCGAGUGCCUGGCACCUCCGCCGCCCAAGAACACACCUUUCUCACAGACCCGUAUACGACAAACCAUCCUCUCGAGACAGCUCAAUGCACACGAGCGGCUUCCCACUAUCCGCGACAACUCGCCCGAAAAACAAACCCAGUCUGAAUCCGCUACUGAGACCGAUGCACAAGGUGAUGACGCUGACGAGGGUGCCUCGUCGUCUACCACGCUACUGUCAGACUCGCCGCCGCAAUACGGCCUCGAGGCCUCCCAGCUCCCCAGCCCAGAGAGUAUCACUGUUGAUACGCUCGAGAAACACAUGUACACGGCCGAUGACCCCCCGCUAGACCUCUUUGUGCGUACCAGCGGUGUCGAACGCCUCAGUGACUUUAUGCUGUGGCAGUGCCACCAGGACACGCAAAUCUUCUUCCUCUCCUGUCUCUGGCCCGACUUUGACCUACACCAUUUCAUCUGGGUCCUGCUAGAGUGGCAGUGGAGGGUGAAGCAGAGCGAGAGGGAGGAGAGGCCGACAAGGCGACGGGAUUCGAAGCCGAGGAAGAUGAGUGUCGAGUAG